AAGAUGGAUGACACAACGUUCCAAUCUAGCAUCCACAUGCAUGUGAUAGCCUGUGUCAAAGCUUUGAUGAAUAAUUCGAAUGGACGGAAACACAUACUUGCCCAUCCAACUUGCAUGAAUGUUAUCUCACAAAGUUUGAGCACUGAAAACCUCAAGACAAAGACGAUGGUUUUGGAAAUCCUCGGAGGUGUGUGCCUCUUGCCUGGCGGCCACAAGAAAGUCCUGGAGGCCAUGCUUCACUUUCAGAAAUUUGUUGGAGAGAGAACUAGAUUUCAGACCCUCAUCGUAGACCUUGACCGAUCUUGGGGCAUCUAUGCAGAUGAGUUAUCCUGAGGAUUGCCAUCAUGUCUUUCAUUAAUGCCAUAAUCCGCUGGGGUCCUGGCGAGGACUCUCUGGAGUUUCGACUUCACCUUCGCUAUGAGUUCCUCAUGCUUGGUGUUCAACCUGUAAUUGAAAAGCUGCGAGGUCUUCAGAA